CCCUUGACUUCCCCUUUCCCCGUCUAUAUAACGAGAGCCCGGCCGAUACGUGUUUCACCACCCCUUCCCAUCCCAUCCCGCUCUGCUCAGCUCUAGUGUUUUCUCUCCAUCCACCGAUCGAGUGAAGCUCUCCGUCCGCCGGACGAAAGAUCGACGACCAUGGCGGGCACGGCCAACUGCAUCGACAUCAUCCUCGCCAUCAUCCUCCCGCCCCUCGGCGUCUUCCUCAAGUUCGGCUGCGGGCACGAGUUCUGGAUCUGCCUCCUGCUCACCUUCCUCGGGUACAUCCCGGGGAUCAUCUACGCCAUCUACGCCAUCACCAAGUAAACUAGCUAGCAAGCCGUCCCAAGUGUUCGGCGACACAAUAUUUUCAGGAUGAUUUGAUCUCUUGGUCUAGUCCCUCCUUGCCUGUGUGGGUUCUUUUAAUUCUUUUCUGUGUGCGUUGAUGAUGCGAAUUCCUCCGUGGUUUCCGUGGACCGUGUGAAGAGCAUCAUCUUCUUUAUGUAUAUGAUAUAUGGGAGUUUAUAUAUGCUCCCCGAGUGGGAAUACUUCUUGUUAAAGUUAGGCUGGUCACAAUGGGCAAGAACAUAAGCUAGUAACUUACACACUUCCCUAGAUUAUGUUAUUAUCUUCAUAGUGUGUAGGAACAUCUAUAUAGUGUCAUGCAACAAUGUAUUUAUUAGGUUAUAGACUCAUUUUUUUUAAGUGUGUGAUGUUUCGGUAACUUAGCUAGUUACCACAA